UCCGCAGCAUCCAAGCCACGGGGAAGACGAGCGUCCAGGGGUGGUGACCUGCAACCGCGAGCCAGCUCGGCACAGAGAGCGACGCGACGACCGUGUCUCGAGUCCCUGGGAUUGAUCGAGACCCACCAAAACUCGCCGGUGUCCCGCGUUCUCUCGUACCUGUCGAUGCGCGUACGCGACGCCAAUCGGCCGAACAAUCGAUCCUCCCGAACGGACGCGGACCACUUCCGGGGAUCGUCGUUCCCUCCGUGGUAAUUGGAGGAGCGCGCGCGACCGAGACGAGGACCCGUCUGCGUGCGUGGCUUUCUAUCUGGAGCACCGAUCCGCCGAUCCCCCGAUCCCCGUGACCUUGUGACACCGCGACCGACCGAGGGAAAGAGACAGAGACAGAGAUAGAGAGAGAGAGAGAGAGAGACCUCUCUCGCCGGAGCGUACGAGAGGAGGGAUGCGGAAGAUCAGGCUGAAGCGUUGAACAGGCUACACACCCUCCGCGGAAGCCGUCCGGGUGUCGCGUCUUCCCCGUCGUAGACGCGUUUCGCACGCGUCCUGGACCGCCCCCGCGAAUCCCCGUGUUUCGACACUCUCUGGGAACCCGGCAGUGAGAAGUGACCGGAAGUACUCCAUCGUGUGACGGUUACGAGGAUGUGCACGUCGGUUCGUUGAAAACAUUUAUUAAGUGACGCAGUCUCGUCCAUCUCGAAGACUACCAAGUGCCGAAAACAUUCCAAGUGCCAAUUUACCCAGUUCCCUCAAAUAAUAAGCUACGACCACGCUGUGAUAUAGAGAGUUCCAAGGGGAGGGGGAAGAGCGUGGAGAAAGAAGGUGGCCGAACAAGGGUGAAUCGGUGGAUCGCGGAGGACUCGGGUCUCCAGGAGGCCGCUGAAGGAAGAGGGAGGCCUAGGAUAAUCCACCCCCGAAGGAUCGAAGACGCGCCGAAACCAUGAGCGAGGGCACGCCGAAGUCCCAGGGCAGAAACGUGUCCGAUGGCUCGCCAGCCCGCCUGGAAGCCGGCGAUGGCGGAGGCGCCGGCGGAGAUGGCGAUCCCAUGGUGGGAGGGAAUUCAGAGAAGAAGACGGGAUACGAGACCAAUCUCUUCCUCUACAGUGAAGAGAUGGAAGACCGGCCUCGGAUCUCCACCUUGCUCAGCAGUCUGUCGAACUACAGCAACACGAUCCCAGCUGCGACCGACCCGGACAGCAAGCCGCCGCCUGUGCAAGGCGGUGCACGAAUGGGUACGCUGAUCGGUGUCUUCUUGCCUUGCAUCCAAAACAUCUUCGGUGUGAUCCUUUUCAUCCGUCUGACGUGGGUGGUCGGCACAGCCGGUGCCCUUCAAGGUUUCCUCAUCGUGCUCUGCUGCUGUUGCGUGACAAUGCUGACAGCUAUCAGUAUGAGCGCCAUUGCAACGAACGGCGUGGUGCCUGCCGGAGGGUCCUACUUUAUGAUAUCCAGAAGCUUGGGCCCGGAGUUUGGAGGCGCUGUGGGGAUGCUCUUCUACACUGGUACCACUUUGGCAGCUGCCAUGUACAUCAUCGGUGCCGUUGAAAUCGUCCUGACUUACAUGGCUCCCUCGCUGAGCAUAUUCGGUGACUUCACCAAGGAUCCCAGUAUCAUGUACAACAACUUUCGUGUGUACGGGACGGGUCUGCUGGUGGUGAUGGGCACCAUAGUGUUCAUCGGGGUAAAGUUCGUGAACAAAUUCGCCACCGUUGCUCUGGCCUGCGUGAUAUUCUCGAUCAUAGCCGUUUACGUGGGUCUGUUCUACAACUUCAACGGCAACGAGUCCCUCAAAAUGUGCAUUCUGGGCAGAAGGCUACUGAAGGACAUCGAUGUGUUGGCGGACUGCAAUAAAAACGUCAGCGGAGUCCUCCACCGGCUAUAUUGCGAGAGCAACAGCACCUUACUACCGCACAAGUGUGACCCGUACUACGAGCAGAACAACUUGACCAUCAUCAAUGGAAUUCGUGGUCUGGCCAGCGGCGUAUUCUUAGAAAACAUAUGGGACAGUUUCCAAGAGGAAGGUCAACUGAUCGCUUACGGAAAAGAGCCAAAGGAUAUCGAUUUCAUGUCGACAUCCUCCUUCAAUCAGAUUCAAGUCGACCUCACCACCACCUUCACCAUUCUCAUCGGUAUAUUCUUCCCUUCCGUCACGGGUAUCAUGGCUGGCUCUAACAGAUCGGGUGACCUGGCGGAUGCCCAGAAAUCGAUCCCAAUCGGUACGAUUUGCGCGAUCCUGACCACGUCUACGGUCUACCUAUCGAGCGUGUUGCUGUUCGCCGGCACCGUAGACAAUCUAUUGCUGCGCGACAAGUUCGGUCAGAGUAUCGGUGGGAAGCUGGUAGUGGCGAACAUAGCCUGGCCGAAUCAGUGGGUGAUCCUGAUCGGUUCGUUCCUGUCCACCCUGGGCGCUGGCCUUCAGUCGUUGACUGGCGCUCCGCGUCUGCUUCAAGCCAUCGCCAAGGACGGUAUCAUUCCGUUCCUGACGCCUUUCGCCACCAGCUCUAGCCGCGGUGAGCCUACCAGAGCCCUGGUGCUGACGGUCCUUAUCUGCCAAUGCGGUAUCCUCCUGGGCAACGUCGAUUACCUGGCCCCCCUGCUGUCCAUGUUCUUCCUGAUGUGCUACGGAUUCGUCAACCUGGCCUGCGCCCUCCAAACCGUCCUUCGAACGCCCAACUGGCGACCCAGGUUCAAGUACUAUCACUGGAGCCUGUCGUUCCUUGGUCUGUCCCUCUGCAUCGCCAUCAUGUUCAUGACCAGCUGGUACUACGCACUGCUAGCCAUGGGCAUGGCUGGCUGUAUCUACAGGUACAUCGAGUACCGGGGCGCGGAGAAAGAAUGGGGCGACGGUAUACGUGGUCUGGCACUGUCAGCCGCUCGUUAUUCCCUGUUGAGAUUGGAGGAGGGACCGCCUCACACGAAGAACUGGCGGCCCCAGAUCCUCAUACUGGCCAAACUGACCGACGACCUGGUGCCCAAGUACCGGAAACUGUUCGCGUUCGCCAGCCAGCUGAAGGCUGGCAAGGGUCUGACCGUUUGCGUCAGCUGCAUCGGCGGUGACUACAUCCAGAACUCCGGCGAGGCCCUCGCCGCGAAGCAGAGCCUCCGCAAAACGAUAGUCGAGGAGAAGGUCAAGGGAUUCGUGGACGUCUUGGUGGCGAGGAACAUCGUCGACGGCUUGAGCUCGCUGAUACAGACCACCGGGCUCGGUGGAAUGAAGCCCAACACGGUGAUCCUCGGCUGGCCGUACGGUUGGAGGCAGUCGGAGGACGAGAGGACCUGGAGAGUCUUCCUGCAAACGGUCAGAGCGGUCGCCGCGGCGAGGAUGGCGCUGCUUGUGCCCAAAGGAAUCAACUUCUUCCCCGACUCCACGGAAAAGGUGGUCGGUUACAUCGACGUAUGGUGGAUCGUCCACGACGGGGGUCUGCUGAUGCUGCUACCAUUCCUGCUCAAGCAGCACCGCACGUGGAAGAACUGCAAGAUGAGGAUCUUCACUGUCGCCCAAAUGGAGGACAACUCUAUCCAGAUGAAGAAGGAUCUGAAGAAGUUCCUCUACGACCUCAGGAUCGAGGCUGAGGUGGAAAUAGUGGAAAUGAUGGAUUCCGACAUAUCCGCGUACACGUACGAGCGAACCCUGAUGAUGGAGCAGAGGAACCAGAUGCUGAGGGAGCUGCGGCUGAACAAGAAGGAGUCCCUAGGAGUGGUGCCGGCAUUGGUGGACUUCAACGAGGUACCCGCCGAAGAAAAUUUACCUCUGGUACAGACGAUCGUCGACCAUCACCACAACGUGGACGUGAAGAUCGCUACCAAGGUGAGAUUCCAGGUGCCCGGAAGCCAGAACCCGAACGUCGUCGACGAGGCGCAGGAGAAGCUCGUGCAAGAGAACGAAACGGGCAAGGAAUCGGACACGGGCGACGCCAGCGACGGCGUGGAGGAGGCGAAGGAGGGCGACGAGGAAACGAAGCUGAUCGGUGGCUCGCCGAAACAGGAGAACAAGGAGAACACCGAAAAAGAGGCGAAGGAGAGCGAGGAGAAGAAAUCCGAGAGCCCCGAGGCGAAACAAGUCACCAUCACGCCCGACGAGGGCGACGUGAGGCGUAUGCACACUUCCGUGAAACUGAACGAAGUGAUCGUCAACAAGAGCCAUGACGCUCAGUUAGUCAUCCUGAAUCUUCCUGGACCACCGCGGGAUACCAAAAUGGAACGUGAAUCAAAUUACAUGGAAUUCCUAGAGGUUCUCACGGAGGGUCUGGAAAGGGUGCUGAUGGUGCGCGGCGGCGGACGGGAGGUGAUCACCAUCUACUCGUGAACUAGACCGGGAGGAAUCGAAGUAACCGCCUCGCAAAAGCAGAAAUCUAGUUUACUUCUUAAAGACCUAAACGACUUCACCCUAAGGAACACGUUGCUCUUGUGCCAUUGUUUGAGCAGUCACUUGCGUUUCGCGUUGUGAACACACACACGGUUUACCGGAAGAGAAGAGUACGUACGGAUGCCGGAUUGACGAAUGCCGUAAUCGCGUAGGUCGACCGGAUCGAGGAGGAGGCUCGUAGGCUCGUUAAAAGCCGACCCUCGAGAUGGCCAAAAAGUGACAUGCCAAAGGAUAUAAGUUUCCUUUAAAUGAAUUUCACAUGUAAACUAGGAUACGUAGGAUCUAUCUUAUUUACACUCGUCCCUUUUCAAUGAGAUAGAGAUGUUUUAUCCGUAAUAACGAAAGAGAACUCUGCGCGGCGAGACGUAAAAGGGCGGAUAAACGGACAUGUAGCACACAGAGUGUAUUCUCGACCUUUGAUCGUUAAUAUUCGCGCGGGCAAGACGUUGUUGCUCGUGCGAGCGGCAGAAAUUUUCCAUGAAGAGAACGUGAAGAAAUCAUCGACGAGGAAUGGAACCGCGACACGUCCCGAGUAAACUCAUUCCGAUUCUAAUUAACUCCCGUUGUAACUGAAAUCAAAAUUUUUGGUCCGAGGCUAAGAUCGAAGCAUCUACGAAACCACUGCCAGAAUACUUUCUAAAUGCUUCGCGUUUAACCAAAGACGCGAGAGGCUCAUUUUUCUACACGCAUUGUCGUUAUAGAGAGUAUAAUAGGUAUGUAUAAUUCUACUGCUUAUAGGUGAAACUUAGGGUAGCAUAGGAUAGCGCGUACACGGCGGGAAGUAUCGGACGAACGCUGCAGCGUUGAACGUAAGAAGAUUACGUGACCUUGGAACUUAAUAGAAAAUUCUGAAAGUUACUGACUAUAGAGAUAGUUGAAAUUGUCAAUGUAUUAAGAAAAGUAUAUUACUGCCAAAGUCUUGAAAUCGUUUACCUAGGAUUACGCGUACGCCAAACCGUAGUAGAAACUAAUCUAAACGGCGUUCGAAACUCUCGGUCUCCACCGCGACGCUAAAAGACUUGUACCAGCGGCGGGACUGUUAUACAACUAAGAAAUACGUUAAGGAUUUACCGAACGCGUCGGAGAACGGCCGAGAAAAUGGCGAUAAUUUCUUGGAUAUAUUUCUAAUAUAUAUUUCACCGUAUCUAAUGGAAAUUGUUAAUCGCGUCGUGAAGUAUGUAUACUCUGGAUCGACGCGGCACGAAUAACCAGCAUAUUCGGUACCGUAACAUCUCUGCGCACAGACCUUCGACUACUCUUCACAGUUUUAUACUUCGAUACUCCGAUCACGAGCACGCCAGAGCCUCGCGUUACCACGAAAGUUCAAGCAGCAGCGUUCUCCUCGACUAGCGUCGCGACCGACGGGAAACGAAACGAUAAAAAAAAAAGAGAAAGCCGGAAAGAAACCUCUCCUUCAGGACUGAAGUUCGUUUUUUUUCCAUUGUACUUCCGAACCUCUUGGCGUCGAAGUCUUUUGUCUAGAUUCGCGUUUAUACUGUCCAAGGCCUACCCGGUCCGAUUCACCGCUCUAACGCGUUUCGAAUGGAACGCAUCCACCAUACACACACACACACACACACAGACAGACAUACACAUACACACAAGAACAGAGUUUUCACCGAGAAAUUCGCGUAGGAAGCGAACGGUGAAGAAAAUUAGAAAAAGAAAGAUAAUCGCCCGCCAUUAUUCCCCGAAACCGACUUUCAUCGAAGGAUAAAGAAAACACGUAGGCGAUCGGUCGCGUUUAAGUGUCGUGUGCAUGUCACGUUUCGCGCGCGGACCGAAUCUAUUCGGCCGCGCUUCAUUUAGAUAGGCACUAUCUAAUAUGUAUAUAUAUAAACAUAUAUUUAUAAGUAAACGAAGACGAGUCAUGUAUAUGUAUAUAUGUGUGUGUAUAUAGUACAUGUAUAGCACAUAUGUGUAAGUAUAUAUGACGAAUAGUUUAUCUACGAAGACGAAAUCGAGAAUCGACGAUAACGGACAAAAACAAAAAAAAGAAAAAAAAAAGAAUCUUUUUAAAAGAGAAAUCAACGUAGCACGGGCUGACCUAUUGUACCCGUCGAUACACUGUGUCUACUUAAUCGAAAGAGUCAAGCAUCCGUGGAACCUACGUGGCCAUUUUGCCCGCCUGGCUAGGGCGCUGAGGUCGUAGAACUUAAAGACGGUCGAGGAAACUGGACGAGGGUCGCUGAACGCAUGCGCAAAAAUAAACGAAUAAUGGCCGGGCAACGCAGGUCGAUCGUAGGGCAUUUUGAGCAAAGAGCAUCGUAUGUACGCCGUUGAUCUAGCUAGAAAGAAAGAGAUAUAUGUUAAUUUCCAAUUUUUCUCACGGUCCACGGAUCAACUCGAAGCCAUGAGAGAAUACCGGAUGCGAGUUGUAGGGGGUUAAUUUUCGUUUAUUUUCGCGAGCAUGUCGAGCAGUACUGUUCGUUGGACGCCCCGAAGAAGGAUCGAGAGGACAUGAUUGAGGAUGAGUCGGUUGCAACGUCACUAUAUCUACCUCAUCUCCAGCACCUUGUUCGGACGCACACUCGAUCGUGCGAAGCAAGACGAGAGGAAGUCACCAAACAAAGCAAUACAACACCGAACCUGUCUUCAGCGUUGCGUCGGGGAGGAACAGCGCGAUGGUGGAUCCGUGGCCAGGGACCGGAAGUUUGACCAAUCGCAGGUCCACGAGACGCUCCAUCUCUCUCUGUCUAUCGUCCACGAUGUUGCGACAUGUACUUUCUAAUUUUAAUACGUUAAUCACUUGUCGACUACCAUAUAUUUUAUGUGUAGCUGCCUAUACGAUAGGCGCCGGGCACUGCAUAGUUUAUACGAGACAUGUUGACUAUGAGAAAAAGUUUAUUCGCUGAAGGGGGCAGGGUUGGCGGCGGAGGAGGGGAAAAUCUGUAUGGCGGCACUGAGAAACGGACAAAGGGAGAGCGAAGAGGAGGGGGAACUGUUUCAGAUAUAAAACGCUAAAACGUGUUUGUACAUAAAUAGAUUGACUUAAGGACAAGGCGGAGGUUAAAGAGGUGUAAAGAGUCGAGAAACCCUUGGGAGACGUAAAACGGAGAACAGCAAGAAUUGGACAGCGUUCGCGGGAAAGAGAAAGGGGGGGGGUAAAGGGAUUGGAGCAUCUUUUUCAUAGAUCAAACAGUAUUGCAGUGUAUUCUGCUGCCGCUUUAAUAUUUUACUAUGUCGUAUUUACUUGGGAA